AUGGCGGACGAGAAGGAAGGUUUGGUUGGAAGUACAGUUCGUUCUGCCUCGUAUAAUGUUGUUCUGCAGGUUACUUUUAGAAUCCUUACCUUCGUAAUGAACGGUGUUCUUCUUCGUUUCACUACGAAAGACAUGAUCGGAAUUGUGAACGUGCGAUUAAUGCUUCUCAACCAAACUAUCGUGUUCGUUGCCAGAGAAGCUUUCCGAAAAGCUUGCCUUAGCAAGACGCAGGACAAGAAUUGGGUUCAAGUGAUCAAUCUUCUUUGGUGUGUUUUCCCUCUCGGUGUAAUUUUAUCUUCCGUCCUUGGCUACGUUUGGCUGCUUCACCUAGAAGUACCCGAUCCACAAAAGAUUCCAAACUAUCCGUUGGCUGUUCUCGCUUUCGCUGCAAGCGGCUCAAUCGAACUUUUAUCCGAACAACUGUGGGUGUUGACCCAAGCCUUUGUGUUUUUACGCCUCAAAGUCAUCAUAGAAGGCAUCGCAAACUUUGCCAGAUGUGUGAUUACUCUAGCUCUUGUAGUGCUCUUUCCAGAUCUCGGAAUUGUUUCAUUUUGCCUGGCACAAAUGGCUUUCUCAAUAUUAUCCAUGAUUCUGUAUUAUGUAUACUUUUUGUACUACAUUCAAAACGUCCCCAAAGAAAAGGAAACCGCCAUGGAUGGCUUCCCUCUGAAAUCUGUCCGUGACUUUUUCCCCAGAAGAAUUCCUGGUUUGAGUGUCGUAAGUUGGGGUAUGGUGCAUCUUACGUGGAGCUUUUUUAAACAAUCCUUCCUAAAGAAAAUCUUGACCGAGGGGGAACGGUAUAUCAUGACUCUGUUCAAAGUGUUAACGUUUUCUCAGCAGGGUAUCUACGAUGUUAUUAACAACCUGGGCUCGUUAGUUGCCAGAUGUGUUUUCAUGCCCAUUGAGGAAAGUUAUUACACAUUUUUUGCGCAUACCUUGGUUCGUGGAAAUUAUGCUGAUCAGCAAGCCGAAAAGUCAGCAAAAAUGGCCUCUGAAAUACUGGAAGUUGUACUAAAGUUUGUUGUUCUGGUUGGGAUGACAUUUUUGGUAUUUGGCUAUGGUUAUUCUUUUCUGUUGUUAGACAUCUAUGGUGGGUCAACCCUCAGCAGUGGAGAAGGUAGUUUACUUUUUUAA